AUGAACUAAGUUAAUAUAAAGUUCAGAUUCACAGUUCUUCCAAUCUAUUAUUUUGUUCUUGUGUGAUGGGAGGGUCUGUUGGCCAAAUUGCAUCUCUGUAAAGUCUUUUCUUCUUUGAAAUAACUGCUCCUUUAGCUUUAAGAAGCUGGACUUCAUGUUUUUCUUAACUCACCUAACACAUUGACUGAGCCCUACUUUACACUAUGAAUGCUCCAAAUUCAGGGCACAGUUCAACUCAAUUCUAUUUAAUAGGGUUCUUGGAAUAUGCUUUUCAUACAGAGCUCAGUAUUCCUUUUGCUCUGUGUUGUGCCUCACACUUAACACAGCUUUCAAAUACAUUCAAAUGAAAUAUAAAGUUGUCAUCUAUAGUUAGCAAAAACCAAUGUAAAUUUUGUCCAAAUAAGAACAGUAGGAUUUGACUCUAUGUAAACUGGGUGGGUGGUCCUAGUGCAGUUUCUAAUGAAUAGAUAUCCACAAUAACCACCAUCAGAAUUGACAUCUUUGCUGACAAUCGUAACACAGAGGCCAAAGAAUGAAUAGGCAUGGAGUAUAAAGAAGUCUCUCAAUCCUACAGGUGAUCCUUAGAAGCCAAGGUUAACACUCAUUGGUAGGCUGUUACGGAGAAAGCAGUAUUGCUAUUCAUGCUCUUGUAUGGGUGAAGGUUUUCAGUAUCCAAUAUGGCAUACUGCACCUGCACUAACUUCACUUAAAAAAACACAACCAAACAGGCCCUAAAGCCAUCAACGUAUUCAUCAAUUAGUUUGCUCUUGCAGAAAGAACGAGACAAUUUGCAUGCUCUUAAAGUUAAAUCAUCUUGUCUGUAGUUUGUUGUUGUUUUUUUACUUGCUGCAGGAAACAUUAUUUUAACAUUCUGAUUAGACACAGAACUAGUUUGAUGGAAUAAUUUUGAGAUAAAAGAUGCUUUGGUUUGAGAGUACGGCAAAGCAGCUAGCAAAAUAUUCUUCUAGGCCACUAUGGAGACGACUAUGUGCAGCCACUACAAAUACACCAGUAUUAACUUUGUUCACCAAGAACCCGUGCCCUCUGUGUGAUGAAGCAAAAGAAGUGCUUGAGCCAUAUAAAAACAGGUUUAUUUUGCAGGAAGUGGAUAUCACCCUUCCAGAGAAUGCAGUGUGGUAUGACAAAUAUAAGUAUGACAUACCUGUCUUCCAUUUAAAUGGGCAGUUCCUAAUGAAGCAUCGGGUAGAUGUUAAAAAAUUUGAGAACCAGCUUGUGAAGCUAGAGUUUCAAAAUGAUGAAAACCAAUGAAGGAAAUGCAGCUAUUCUGAGACUGGAUUGAAGGGAUUUUGAACAAAUGGUUUGAAACUGUUGCAUACAUUAUCAAACCACAUUUUAGUUAUUUGAUUUAUAUUCCAUUUUGUAGUAAUGAUGAAGCCCAUCUGACUGAAUAGCAACUCAUCUUCAUCUGCUAUCCUAGAUGGUUUUGUUUUUCAAUGGGAGAGUAAGUGCUAUUCCACAGCAGCAGAUAAAAUGAAAUGCACUUUCAGAUCAUUAAUACACCCUGCACUGACAAUAAAGAAAUGUUUGUUAUGUCUG